GCUCAUGUUUUAGUGUUACACCAAAGCUGGUACUUCCUGUUGUUGAGUUCGCCGAGCUCGCCGCGCAGGACUUGGUCAUGUUUAGGAAUGUUGUGAGCAGGCUCGUGACAGAAACGUUUCGUUUUGAUCGUCAUGUGAAACGAGCCGCGUUUAGACCGUCGUUAACGUCCGCCCGAGUCCCGGUGAGGAGUCUGACCGACGCCAAGGACGAAGUGCAGCCGCCUUUCGAUUCCUCCCUGCUGGACUUCCUGGUGUGUCCGCUGUCCAAGAAGCCACUCCGGUAUGAUGCCAAUACCAACGAGCUGAUCAAUGAGGAGCUUGGCAUCGCCUAUCCCAUCAUCGACGGCAUCCCCAACAUGAUCCCCCAGGAGGCCAGACUCCUUCAGAAGGACACAGACGCUUCUAAUCCACCUGCACAGUAACAGAAAGUCUAUCAAAGACCUUCAUUUGCCAGAAAACCGAUUGAGCACUGCUAUUUUUUUAAAGAAAAAAACUGUAAAGCUAAUCUGCUAGAAUGCUCUCCUUGUCCGUGAUGGUGGGACUGGUCCCCAUCGUGUCACUCAUUGGCUUGUUCUACUCUGCAGCCGUGGAUGAGAACUUCCCUCAAGGCUGCACCAGCGGCAACAGUCUGUGCUUCUACAGCCUGCUGCUGCCGGUCACCAUCCCCGUCUACGUCUUCUUCCAUCUCUGGAGCUGGAUGGGGAUCAAGCUCUUCAGACACAACUAGGAUGCUCUCUGAAAACAACCCACGGCAUGUUUUCUGAUGCACUUUUACCUCCUUUACCAACUUCAGUAACAUUAUUUUCUUUAUUUCAUGUCUGUUAAAGUCUGCUAGACUUGGGUUUUACUUGUCUGGAAGUUUAGGCUUGCAGGUAGGACUCAUAGUAACCGAGUCCGUGUAAACGCUAACUGCUACUGAACAAACUCCUGUUAUAAAAUGGAUAAAUGUAACCGAUUUAACAACUGAACUUCUUGGAUUUUUCCAGUUCUUGCAGAAAAGAAUAAACAACUUUAUUGGAAUAA